AGUCAGCCGGGUGCGCAGGGCGGGGCCCGGCGCGGUAAAUAGGCGCCGGGGCCGGCUCGGGGAAGCUACGGCGGCUGCUCGGGCAUCGGCGGCGGUGGCGGCGGCUCCUGCGCGCUCGCAGGCUGCAGGCCCAGGCUCUUGGCUGCGGGGCUCGGUGAAUCGAAGAUCCAGCUUCCAAAAUGUGGCAGCUCUUGGCCACCCUUAGCUGCCUGGUGGUGCUGACCAGUGCCCAGAGAAGGCCGCCUUUCCAGCCGCUGUCGGAUGAGCUGGUCCACUAUGUUAACAAACAGAACACUACGUGGAAGGCUGGACACAACUUCCACAAUGUGGACCAGAGCUACCUGAAGAAGCUGUGUGGCACCUUCCUGGGUGGGCCAAAGCCGCCCCAGAGACUUUGGUUUGCCGAGAACAUGAUUCUGCCUGAAAGCUUCGAUUCCCGGGAGCAGUGGCCUAACUGCCCGACCAUCAAAGAGAUCCGGGACCAGGGCUCCUGUGGGUCCUGCUGGGCGUUUGGGGCCGUGGAAGCCAUUUCAGACCGAAUCUGCAUCCGCACCAAUGGGCACGUCAGCGUGGAGGUGUCUGCUGAGGACAUGCUCACCUGCUGUGGUGACCAGUGUGGGGACGGCUGUAAUGGGGGCUUUCCUGCUGAAGCUUGGAACUUCUGGACAAAAAAAGGCUUGGUUUCCGGUGGCCUCUAUGACUCGCAUGUCGGCUGCAGACCCUACUCCAUCCCUCCCUGUGAGCACCACGUGAAUGGCUCCCGGCCCCCAUGCACAGGGGAGGGGGAUACCCCCAAGUGCAGCAAGAUCUGUGAGCCCGGCUACACCCCGUCCUACAAGGAAGACAAGCACUAUGGAUGCAGUUCCUACAGCGUGUCCAGUAGCGAGAAGGAGAUCAUGGCAGAGAUCUACAAGAACGGCCCGGUAGAGGCGGCCUUCUCCGUGUAUUCUGACUUCCUGAUGUACAAAUCUGGUGUGUACCAGCACGUCACUGGAGAAAUGAUGGGAGGCCACGCUGUCCGCAUUCUGGGCUGGGGAGUGGAGAAUGGCACACCCUACUGGCUGGUGGGCAACUCCUGGAACACGGACUGGGGCGACAAUGGCUUCUUUAAAAUCCUCAGAGGACAGGAUCACUGUGGAAUUGAAUCAGAAAUUGUGGCUGGUAUUCCAUGCACUGACCAGUACUGGAAAAAGAUCUAAUGUGCUGUGGGAUUAGUUCUGCCAGCCCUGGGGCACUGUUUCCCUAAAUAUAGCCAGUUGGGCUGGUGAGGAGAUGGAGGGUAGGAAUAUCUUUUAUUCUUUUGAGUUCAGAUAUGAUACAAGAGGUUUUAGACAGGGCCUGAGGGAUUGGGCCAAACCUCGUGUCUACUGUCAGAGCCGUCUUCCAAGGAGACUCAUCCAAGGCCUGGCUACCUCCCAGCCCGUUGGGUGGACUGCAGUCCCCGUGCACACCUAGACCAACAGCAAGCAAAGUGAGUCCUUCUCCCCCUAGACUAGUGCUGCGCAUAGUGCCUGCUGCCCCCGCGUCCUCCCCGGCCACACUCACCAAGAAGCCAGACCGAGACCCAGAGGUCUGUUAGGCUUUCCAGAGGAAUGGAAAGUGGAGUCCCUAACAAGACCAGUCCCCUACCAGCAGGGGUACUUCUAAGCAAGUAGCUCGCUAGCUGUGGGCUGGGUUGAAAAGAAAACCAGUGGGCCAGCCCUGGGAGAAAGCCAUUCUCCCAGGGCACCUGCAUCUCAUGAGCUUUGCGGUGCUGCUGCAAAGACCCUCUGGUCUUGUCCUUGGCAUGAUUCCUUUUUAAAUAAACACUUUAUUUUGUGUGCACCUCAGCUGAUCAUGUGAAUGAAAGAGGAACAGCUGGGAGAGCUGUCCUCGCUUCACAGACUGUGUCCCUCCAGUACCACCGGCAGGGCGUGAGCGGACUGGCCUCCCAGCCUAACAGUGACACUCAUUGGGGAGAAACCAGCUUUAACUGUAAAAAUCACUGCUUCACUGUUAAUUUAAUCAGGAAAGGAAUGACUGUGCCAAUUAAACGUUUUCUUCCUUAA